AUGACAGAAGACAGCCAGAAAAUUAAAAUUUUCUUGGAAACAAAGACAUUCUGGUGUUUGUUUAGUAUUAAGAUAGGUAAACUAAUCAUUUGUCGGCUCUCAUCUGUCACAACAGCGAAUAUUUCCUCACCACCUGCGUCAAAACUCAUGUCGAAGCUUUUCCCCAAGUUGAAGCCUAAGCCAAGUAUUGAGGUUGAAAAGGUGAAACAUCAGUCCUUGCAGCAAGCUUCAGCACAGCCUCUAGAGAUGUCCCACAGUUUACAGUCUCAGAGUUUGAGAGAGAAACUGAUGAAACUGGAUGCAGAGAUAGAGAAGUUCCGUUCUGAGAAUGCUAACUUAGAUAUGCUAAGAAGGGAGAGAGAAGAGGGCCUGGCCAAACUGAAGCAGGAGAUAGACAGCUUUCAGAGACAGAAAGAAGAUGAACUCAGACGACUGGAGGAAUUUAAAACAGAGGAAGUAAAGAAACUCAAAAGAGAACGAAAACUGUUUGACAACUAUCAGAAGAAAAUUCGCUCCAUGCCAGACAAGAGGGACAGGGAGGAAAUAGAUGCCUUAAAGACUCAGCUUCAGGAGCUUCAAGAUGAACUGAAACACAAGGAGAGCAGAUGGAAUGCCAGCACUGCCAGGCUGAAGAACAGGAUAGCAGAGCUGGAAAUGGAGAAUGGGGAGCUCAGAGAGGAGAUACGAAUCCUGGAGAAAAAAAGGCUGGAAUGGAUGAUGGCUCAGUCCAGUGUUAAAACAGUGGUUCAGAGCAAUGGAAGAACGGCUUCUGGAGAAAGUGGUGGUAGCAGAUCUAAUGGAGCUACCAAACAGGCAUUACCAGCACAUGUCAGAAGCAGUACUCCGACUGCAGAAGUGGAGAAGGUCAAAGUUUGCAGCUCAUUGGGCUCGAAGGAAGGCAUCUCAUCAGGAGCCAACACUGGGGAUCUGAGACCAGCUGUACCAUCUCAUACACCAGCAACUGGCAACAUGACUAAGAAUGGCAAGCUUGGCAUCCGCAGUAACCCCACUCAUAAAACACUAACUGGUCCACAGAAUGGAGUUAUAACAUCGGUCUCAAAGUCCUCUGGGUCAAAGCAUGUAGCGCCACCUGCCCUUGCAAACUUGUCAGGGGAGGGUAUACAGAAUAACUCUGUUCCAACAAUGAUGGAAACCAGUCUGCCAGUUGCUACUCAAGUGUCGGCUAUGCCAGGAUCUCUUGCAUCUUCUGUGACCCCAAGUGGCAAGUCUGCAGCCAUCUUGGCUAUGGAGCAUGCUGCGGUGGAUAAAGGGGACGUAACAGCGUAUACGGAAACCAGGCAUCAGGAUGGAAAGAUUGAGAAGACAUAUAAAACAGGAGCAAAAGAAAUUCAGUUCCCCAAUGGAACCCUCAAGGAAAUAUCGGCUGAUGGUCAGACAGUACUUUGCAGACUGGCAAAUGGAGAUAUUCGUCAGAUUUUUCCGGACCACAGAGUGGUGUACAUUUUUGCAGAAGCUGAGAUCAUGCAGACAACCUUUCCAGAUGGCUUAGAAACAUUUCAGUUUAAGAAUGGUCAGAUAGAGAGAAGGUAUCCCGAUGGUACAGUGGAAAUAACGUUCCCAUCCAAAGAUGUCAAGUACCUCUUCCCUGAUGGCGGACAGGAAGUGAUAUUAACCGACGGAACAGUCAUGCAGUAUAAUACUAAAGGGGAGCGAAUUAUAGAGUAUCCCAGCGGAGACAGGGAAGUUCAUACUGCAGAGUAUCAGAGAAGAGAGUUCCCAGAUGGCAUUGUCAAAACAGUGUUCUCUGAUGGCCGUCAUGAGACUCGUUUCCCCAAUGGCCGCAUACGUUUGAAAGACAAGGCAGGGAAUAUAAUAAUGGAUCAGAUUGUGUACAGAUGA